AUGAAGAGCAAGAAGCCAUGGCUCUUAUUAUUUGCUCUGCUUCUAAUCCUGUCUUCUUACACACCAUACUUCUCCAUUGCUUCUAAUACCCUUUCUCCAGGCCACUCUCUUUCAUUCACUGGGACCAUAUUAUCUCAAAGUAGCACUUUCGUGCUCGGUUUCUUCCAACCCGGAACUUCCCGAAAAAUCUACCUGGGCAUAUGGUAUAUAAUGUUGAAUCGGACGGAAGUUCUUUGGGUAGCAAACAGAGAAAACCCUUUGUCUGACCCAUUUUCAGCAAGACUCGACCUCUCAAAAGACGGCAAUCUACUCCUGUCUCAAGAUUCCUCCGACAUCCCAUUUUGGUCGACAAAUUUGACAUUUCCCCACUCAAAUUUGACUGAAGCACUACUUCUUGAUGAUGGGAAUUUUGUUUUGAGAGAUGGGUCGAACCAGAGUCUUAUAUUUUGGGAGAGUUUCGACCAUCCAACCGAUACAUGGCUGCCAGGUGUAAAGCUUGGGAUCAAUAAGGUUACUGGAAAACCACAGCAGCUCAUUUCAUGGAAAAAUUCAGAAGAUCCAGCACCUGGUGUGUUCUCGUUGGGGUUAGACCCAAAUGCAAGCAAUCAAUAUUUCUUAGAGUGGAACAAAUCCCAAAUCUAUUGGAGUUCUGGACUUUGGGAUGGAACAUCUUUCAGCAAUAUUCCUGCGUUGAGAUCGAAUUAUAACUACAGUACCUUCAGUUAUGUGUCAAAUGAAAAUGGAAGAUAUUUUACUUAUUCUCUUCCUAAUCGUUCUGCCAUUUCUAAAUUUGUGAUGAGGUCUUCAGGAAAAUUCCAGCUAUCCACGUGGCUGGAUGCACAAUGGAAUUUAUUUUGGUCUGAACCGAAGGUACAAUCUGAUGUCUAUUCUUUGUGUGGUGCAUUUGGCGUGUAUCGUGAGAAUUUCCCGAGCCCCUGUGAAUGUCUAACAGGUUUCGAACCAUCUUCGAUGGAAGACACCAGUCUAGAUGACUGGUCAGGUGGGUGUGUGAGGAAAUCCCCUUUGCAAUGUGAGAAUAAUACGUAUGCCAAUGGCAAAAAAGAUUGGUUCACGAAAAUAUCAAACAUGCGAUUGCCUGUUUAUUCGAAACCAUAUUUGGCCUUGAGUGCUGGGAAAUGUGAACAGGCUUGCAUGGAAAAUUGUUCUUGCGCAGCUUAUGCUUAUAAUAGUAGUGGGUGUAUGAUAUGGGAAGGAGCUCUUUUGAACUUACAGCAACUCUCAGAUGGUGGCGAGAUUGGACAAGAUAUCUUGUCUCGGCAAUAUCUUGCCCGAUUACUUUGGGUGUUGGUCUCACCUGUUUUUCGCCGGUCAGAAGCUGUCCUCCACCCGUCACAGUGGUCCUCGUUGGUCAGAGGCCACUAUUUGCAUCGUCAAGCUAGCGACCCAGUGGUCCUUGUUGGUCAGAGGCCGCCAAUCCACGCCCCAAGGAUUUUUUCUACUUCAAUCCUUGCUCAGAGGCCCUCCCCGUGCCAACCCACGCUCAAUCCUGUUAUUUAUUGUAACCUUGCGAGGGACAUCUGGUUGGACCUUAAAGAGCGAUUUUCUCAAGUGAAUGGUCCUCGCAUGUUUCAACUAGAGCAAGAUAUCAGCACCCUUGUCCAAGGCACCAUGCCUAUCGCCACAUACUUCACAAAACUAAAAGGGUUAUGGGAUGAACUAUCCACAAUUCAACCCAACGCCCCUUGCACCUGUGGCGCACUAAAAGAGGAACCAUUGCCUUCCGUCAAUCGUGCAUAUGCCUUGGUCCUUCAAGAAGAACGCCAACGCAACAUUACCACCCCACCCACCAUUGAAGGCAUUGCCUUAGCUGCAAAAGCUACUCUUCCACCACGGAAGGACAAUCGAUCUGGCUUUCAGAAGAAGGAAAGAAUAAAAUGCACUUAUUGCGGUCGUGAUGGUCAUACUAGUGAGCGGUGCUACCAACUUCACGGAUUUCCUCCUACUCGUCGCAAGAUUGACUCAGGCUCAGGCUCUAGUCCUAAGCCCCGUGCUCAUCAGGUUUCCAUUACCAGCAGUCUUCCUUUUACACCUGAUCAAUGCCAACAACUACUUGCAAUUUUGAAUAACAUUACUCCACAACAGUCCAUGGCCCACCAAGCAGGUAGUACCGAGCCAUCUCUUUCAGGUACGUCUUCUGUCUUAUAUGAUGACUCAUUAUGGAUUCUUGAUAGUGGUGCUACUGAUCAUAUGGACCUUCGCUCGAUGAAGAUGAUUGGUUUGGGCACUGAGCGGGAUGGUCUGUAUUACUUCACCAACACGAGACCCUCAAGGUGUCAGGUCUUACCUAUUCCUUUUGACCUCCCUGAUGAUGCCCUUACCCCCUUGUCACCUGUCGUUGAAGCUUCGGAUGCCCCUUCUGCCCCUCAGACUACCUCUUCCCCACCUCCGGUCACUCGUCGAUCUACUCGGUCGACCCAGCCACCUGCAUACUUGUGUGAUUUUCAUCUUGCACAUACUUUACCGUCUUAUACCACUCAAUCAUCAGAGUCAGCAUUGGUGCGUUCCUCAGAUGGUUCUGUGGAACGAUAUAAAGCUUGCUUAGUGGCCAAAGGUUACAACCAACAAGCUGGCAUUGAUUAUACAGAGACCUUUGCUCCUGUUGCUAAGAUGGUCACUGUCCGCUCUUUCCUUGCCCUUGCUGCCUCCUACGGUUGGCACUUGCAUCAACUUGAUGUCAACAAUGCCUUCCUUCAUGAUGACCUUGACGAAGAAGUCUACAUGCACCUUUCUCCUGGUUUCGGACGAAAGGGGGAGACUAGAGUUUGCAAACUCAACAAAUCCCUAUAUGGGCUUAAACAAGCUUCGAGACAAUGGUAUGCAAAACUUUCUUCCACUCUCAUUAGUCCAGGAUAUAAACAAUCCAAGGCAGACUAUUCAUUAUUCGUCCGAUCCCACAAAGGUAACUUCACAGCCAUUCUUGUAUAUGUAGACGAUAUUAUAUUGGCAGGCAACAACUUGGAGCAGAUUCAGAAACUUAAGAAAAAUUUGGGUGACCAUUUCAAACUCAAAGAUUUGGGCAACCUAAAGUAUUUUCUAGGCAAAAAAUGGAAGGUAUGGGUAGCUGUGCUGCUCCCAGCAACAGGGCUUCUCCUAUGCCUCUUCAUUUGUUUUUCAUGCAAAGGAAAACUCAAACGCAUAGAUCAAACAGGAUCAAGCAAUAAUCUACUAUUAUUUGAUUUCGAUACGGAACUCCGUGCAAUCAAUGAUGGAAUGAACACCAACAAUAAUCUGAAUAAAAGAGAGAAAGAUGCCAAGUUACCACUAUUCAGUUAUGAGAGUGUAUUAGCUGUAACCAAUAAUUUCUUAACUGUGAAUAAGCUUGGAGAAGGAGGCUAUGGACCUGUUUACAAGGGGAAAUUACUCCAAGGAAAGGAAAUUGCAGUGAAGAUGUUAUCAAAAAAAUCUGGACGGGGAAUUGAGGAGUUCAGAAAUGAGACAAUACUAAUUGCAAAAGUCCAGCAUAGAAAUCUUGUCAGAGUCUUAGGUUGUUGUAUCGAGCGAGAAGAAAAGAUAUUAAUAUAUGAGUACAUGCCCAAUAAAAGUUUGGACUUCUACCUUUUCGAUCCAACCAAGAAACAGAUGUUAGGUUGGGAGACACGCAUACGCAUUAUUGAAGGCAUUGCUCAAGGGCUUCUUUAUCUUCAUCAAUAUUCAAGGUUACGAAUCAUACAUAGAGAUCUAAAACCAAGUAACAUUCUCUUGGAUAGUGAAAUGAAUCCAAAAAUAUCAGAUUUUGGCAUGGCUCGAAUAGUUGGAGGCAAUGAAACACAGGCAAACACAAGUCGAAUUGUUGGAACUUAUGGAUACAUGUCUCCCGAAUAUGCUAUACAAGGUUUAUACUCGACAAAGUCCGAUGUUUUUAGCUUUGGAGUAUUGCUACUGGAGAUUAUAAGUGGCAAAAAGAAUACUAGCUUCUAUAACCAUAGUUCACUUAGUCUUCUUAUAUAUGUGAGUAGCCUUUAUAUCCUCUCAAUUUCUUUAUGUUUUUCAUUAGUCUUUAAAUUGAAAUGCUCUUAGUUUUCAGUAAAACUUACAUUUAUAUGAAAUGAUACUAGGCUUGAGAGUUGUGGAGAGAUGAUCGAAGUUUGGAGUUGAUUGAUCCAACAGUAGGGUAUCCUUCUUCCAGUUCUCUUAUGUUGAGAUUCAUUAACAUCGGCCUUCUUUGUGUCCAAGAAAGCCCGACUGAUUGACCUACCAUGCUUGAUGUAGUCUUAAUGAUUAGCAAUGAGCAUGCACUUCUACUUACCCCCAAGCAACCGGCAUUUACCUCAUUCCAGAAUAUGAUGGACACAAAUUCAACAGUUGAAAAUGCAGAAAAUUGCUCAAAGA